CUGACAGCCAGUUUUCUGGCAAACGUCGCGGGGAGUGUAUGUGUCGCGCGUAUUUUACGCGGGAAAAUCCACGCAUCGCGAGUGCUUCUAAGUCAUCCGUGUUUUAAAUUUAAACAAAAAAAGUGCCAUAUUCAGUGUUUUCUGUGUCGGAAAGUUCUCGAAGAACACAAUUACGUGAGAAGUGUGUUUGAUUAAUCAACAGAAUAAUUAAAUGUCGGGUGUAACACGUAAAAUUGCUUUAAUAAAAUGACAUUCAUCAGAUAAAAUGUUAGUGGAGAUCGUGCAAGCGAUUCUCCCCCUUAUCGUUAAGAGACUAAAGUGCAAAAAACGUUCAUACGGAUAUCGAGCGGAUUACAGGAAGAGACGAAGCGAAUACGCUACCGAUACUCAUGUUGUUUGUGACCAUGUUCAAACACAGAAGAUUAAAACGAGAUCUGUAAUUAAUCAUGAAACACCAAUAUUAUUCACAUUCCUGGUUCUUUACGUGUGUAUUUUGAAUGUCAUUAUUAAAUGUGACGUUAGUGUUAAUGAUGUAAAUAAUAAAGACGGUUUUAUUAAACAUGGAUACGAUACGCACGUGAAUUUGAGGAACAAGUCUAAAUGGUUAGGGCAUAGGCACGAAGAUAGAGUGUACGGAAAGAAUAUGCGCAAAGGACAUGUGUCGAUGAAAAGACACACCGGUGAGAAGAAAGACGAUAAUUUUAGUCCAGACGAACAAGACUUCGAUAAGUUUAACGAUUUUUAUAAGAGCAACGAAGAUUUGACCAACGUUACUGAGUACCCGGAUAUAUUUGAGAUGUCGCGAUACGUUUACGAUGAUACCCGCGCCAUUGGCCAUCCCCAUGACUUGGCCAAAAAUCCUUAUUACGUGAAGAAUAUUAAUUUUAAUUUACGCCCAGAGAGGCACCAGUUCCACCGGAAGAUCGUGAAACUGGGCGUUCUGUUGCCCGCCGACCCAAAUCAAGUGUUUUCGUUGGUCAAGGUUCUGCCAAUAUUGGAAAUGGCCAUACCGGCUGUUACAAAGCAGGACGGACCCCUUCCUGGUUGGAAAAUACUGGUGGACUACAGAGAUACCCUGUGUUCUUCUGUGGAAGGACCACUGGCGGCCUUCGAGUUUUACGUUAAUGGAUCAGCUGAUGCUUUUAUUGGUCCCGGUUGCGAGUACGUCAUUGCUCCGGUGGCAAGGUAUGCUGGACCUUGGGGUAUACCGGUGUUGACAGCGGGCGCUCAGGCUGAAGCUUUUUUCUACAAACACCCAAGUUACGCAACUCUGACCAGAAUGAUGGGUAGCUACACUCAAGCAGGCGUCGCUAUUCGCAAUAUCUUCGAGGAGUUCAACUGGCGUCGCUUAGGGAUGCUCUACCACAACAACGACCCCUCGUCGGGGAAGGGAAACAGCCCGUGCUUCUUGACACUGAGCGCCGUGUUCACGGUGUUGAACAAGAAAACGAGCGGAUCCGACAACAUUAUAACGGCCCAGUUCGACGAGACGAACACGACAAAUACGAAAUUCAAGGAGCUCCUUCACAAACUGUCCCUGAGCACGAGAAUUGUCGUGUUAUGUGCGAACCCGGCUACAGUAAGAGAAAUAAUGCUGGCAGCCGACGAUCUCAACAUGGUGUCGUCCGGAGAAUACGUGUUCUUUAAUAUUGAACUUUUUUCUAAUUUAGCAUCAGCUUCAUCCAAGGAACCCUGGAAAUCUGAGAACGACACGGAGGAAAGAAACGAAAGAGCAAGGAGGGCCUAUAGUGCUGUGCUGACCGUGACGAGUCCGGCUCCAGAGAAAAAGGAAUACCUUGAGUUUUCUGAUCAGGUCAAAGAGCUCGCCGCAACGAAGUACAACUACACGUUCGGGAAAGGCGAAGUUGUUUCAACUUUCGUGGCUGCCUUUUACGAUGCGGUCCUUCUGUACGCUCUGGCGCUGAACGACACUCUGCAGCAGGCGACCGAUCCUCGAGGGCAGCUGGACGGCGCUGCGGUAAUGAGGAAUAUGUGGAAUAGGACUUUUCAAGGUAUAACCGGCGAGGUUGUAAUAAACAGCAACGGUGAUCGCGUCGCCUCUUAUUCGUUGCUCGAUAUGAACCCAAAUACCAGCAAAUUUGAGGUGGUAGCAACAUACGUGGCCGCAAAUAAAACACUACAGUUCACCGAGAAUAGACCUAUUUACUGGGCUGGCGGCCGAACCACUCCGCCCCCUGACACACCGGAAUGCGGCUUCGAUGGUUCGCUUUGUCCGGAUAACUCACUCCCGGUUUACGCGAUUCUCAGUAUUGUAUUGAGUUCCGUCGUUGUGAUCUUGGCGAUACUAUCAGUCUUCAUAUACAGGCAUUAUAAACUUGAGGCGGAAAUCGCGAUGAUGACCUGGAGGGUUAGCUGGAGUGAUGUCCUGCAGCCUGGCGGUCGACUCAGAGGCAGUCUGCAUUCAAUAACCAGACGCUACAGCACUGGAACCACGUUCUCCGACGAAGCGACAUCAUUGGCUGGAGAUCGCCAAGUGUACACUCCAUGUGGAUUCUACAAGGGCUGCAGAGUCGCAAUCAAACUAGUGGACAAACAGCGAAUAGACCUCACCAGGCCGUUACUGCUGGAGCUGAAGAAAAUGAAAGAUCUCGAGCACGACCAUUUGGCGAGGUUCUAUGGGGCCUGCGUUGAUCCGCCGCACUGCUGCUUGUUGACCGAAUACUGUCCGAAAGGAUCUUUGCAGGAUAUCCUUGAGAAUGAAUCUAUCAAACUAGAUUGGAUGUUCAAAGUCAGUUUGAUGCACGAUAUAGUAAAGGGCAUGCAUUACUUACACAAUUCCGACAUAAAAUCGCAUGGAGCACUCAAGUCGAGCAAUUGUGUAGUUGAUUCGAGAUUUGUAUUAAAAAUAACCGACUUCGGAAUACACGCCUUAAGAACUUCGGAAAAGGACUCGAGCGCUCACAGUUAUUGGACUCGUCUCCUCUGGACAGCUCCGGAACUAUUGAGAAUGCCAGAGCCGCCGCCGGAGGGCACACAGAAAGGCGACGUUUAUUCCUUUGCUAUUGUCAUGCACGAGAUAGUGAAUAGGCAGGGAGUAUUUUGGCUCGGACCCGGCAUAGAAUUCUCACCUAAAGAAAUCAUUGAAACGAUCAGGGCGAGUUGUCUACGGCCUAAUACGUCUCAUCACCGAUCUUGCGAAGCUGAUGACGCGGCAGAGCUGAUGCGUCGGUGCUGGGCAGAGGAUCCAACUGAAAGACCUGACUUUGGAAACCUUAAGGGUGCCAUAAGGAGGCUCAACAAAACUCAAGAAAGUAGCAAUAUUUUAGACAACCUGCUUUCCCGUAUGGAACAAUAUGCGAAUAAUUUGGAGACUCUAGUUAGCGAGAGAACUCAGGACUAUUUAGAAGAAAAGAAAAAAUGCGAAGAGCUACUGUACCAGUUACUGCCUAAGUCAGUGGCCUCCCAGCUAAUCAACGGGCAGUCAGUGGUAGCGGAAACCUUCGAACAAGUCACAAUCUACUUUUCAGAUAUAGUUGGUUUCACUGCUCUCUCAGCUUCCUCCACUCCUAUGCAAGUGGUGGACCUCCUCAAUGAUCUGUAUACCUGUUUUGAUUCCAUUGUGGAAAACUAUGACGUCUAUAAGGUGGAAACCAUAGGUGAUGCGUACAUGGUGGUAUCUGGUCUGCCUGAACGCAACGGGACCAGACAUGCGUGCGAAGUGGCGAGGAUGGCUCUCGCUUUACUGGAUGCCGUCAGGAGAUUCCGCAUCAGGCAUCGGCCUAUGGACCAGCUGAGACUUCGGAUCGGAUUACAUUCUGGUCCCUGUGUUGCUGGAGUGGUGGGCUUGAAGAUGCCGCGCUACUGCUUGUUCGGUGACACAGUAAACACCGCGUCUCGUAUGGAAUCCAACGGAGAAGCUCUGAAGAUACACGUGUCUCCGGACACGAAAGCUCUGCUGGAUACAUUCGGGACGUUCCAUUUGGAGUGCAGAGGGGAGGUCGCCAUGAAGGGUAAAGGAAUUCUAGUCACAUAUUGGUUAUUGGGUGAAAAAACGGACCCAAAUGCUCCGAAGGAAAAACCUUCGCUGGUCAAAAACCAAACACUUUCAACCGAAAGCGGUUCACUUUCGCAUCUCACACCAUUUCGGCAGAGAAUGGAUCAAAACUCCAGGUCUUCAAGUAGGCGUGGGUCAGGAGUUUUCCAGCAGAGGUCUAUAGACGUCACCAAGCUAGAAAAAGAAACACAGCCGUUGCUUCAAAGCCUCGCGAUUCAAAGGCAGCUCUCAGACCCUACGGAACCAGUAGCUAAUGGUAUAGACAACGAGGAAUCAGACAAACUAUCAGUAACUAAUUCAAUAUCGUUAAAUGUAAACUCUCUAAGCCACAAUCACCAGGGGCAUCCACGGGUCAAACUGAAGGAAGCCAACUCGAUCAACCACAAGUCAAAAGUUGGUAAUAAUAAUUGGAUUUCAAAACUGCCUACAGCCAGUAAUUCCUUUGACAACGGAACCAAGAAAGCCAGUGAGCGUCUUAAAGAUUACAGCAGUGUACCGCUUCUUUCGAAGGCCGAUACACCUAAUGAUUCUAUAGUGUAACUUUGAUGUAUGUAGACAAUUGAACUUUAAUUGUUAAAUGUGUGUCUCGUACUAGUGAUUUCAACAUGACAUGAACCUUGUCGCAGUAUUUUAAUGCAUUUGUGAGUUUAUCUUUGAUAUGUUUGAUGUGAAAGUGUUCGAAUUUCAUCGAAGGUAUAUAAAAUUCGUAAUAAUGAUGAUUUUAAUAAAAAAAAACUCAUAUGUAGAGUAAUCUUGAAUGUUUGGUGUCAGUUUGUAGAUUAAAAUAAUAUGUCUCGACUAUGCGCUGACCGGAUUGUACAAUCAAAUAAAUAUUUUGGUUCAGCGAAGGGCCAGUGCUAAUAUCUUAAUUGAACAAAAUAAGUUAAUUUGGAAGUUAUGGCCAGUUUACCUUGAAGCGAAAAAAUAAAGCGUUUAAAAGUAAAAAGCUUUGUACAAGGGUCAGCCAAUUUUGCUCACGAACCCCUAACAUUCCUGUUAAGAGCUUUCGCGUAAGAUUUUUUGCUGUAUUAUAAUUUUAUAAAAUUCUUCAUAGUAUAAUUGUCAAAUUACAUUCAUCCAAAUUGGAAAUCUGUUACUUCAAGAAUAUGUGAUAUUUUAUUCUUAAAAAUUACUAAUAUAUGCAUUACACAUUAUACUGUACUAUUGAUUUUCCUGGAUGCUUUUGAUCCUCUAGGAAGCCCACAUUUUUACGACACUCAUUAUUUUCUAGUAAAUCCAAUAACAAACCUUUUUGAUUUUAAUCGAUUUAUUUUGUAUAUUUGUUAAACUGAAUAUUAUCGUUAUCAUUUUUCUUGUUCUUGUGAAACUCUUUUGUUAAGUUACCAACGAUGAGACUAGCUUGUAAAUACUGUACUUAAGCAUUUUUAUUUAUUGUAAAUAAAUGUAACUUUGUUGUGAUCUUAGAAUAUUAUUGAAAUGUAUUUAUAAUGAGGUAGAGAUUUACGAAAAAAAUCUUCAUGUUUCUUAAACGUUAUAGCGAAAUAUAAUGAGUGAGAAUAUAA